UAUACAUAAUUUAGUUUUCAGUUAACCAAAAAGCUGAUAUACCCAGGAAAAAAUUCACAAAACUAGUGGGCAACCAGCCAACACCAUGCAGGAAGUCUGGAGCUGUGAUUUGAACCUUCAAAAUCACGACACAUUAAUUGACUGUAAACUGGUGUGCUUUGGUUAUAGUUUUGGAAAAGUGACAAAUAUUAUGUUUCCAGUAACAGUCAAAUUAAUUUUCAGAAAACCAAGACAGUGAUGUUAUUUAAAAGUUCUGUACAAAUGUUACAAUUUCUGGUCAUGUGGUUUCUGUUUGAAUGCAGCGGUAACUGAACACGCGCAUCAGCCCAACAGCUGGUUCAUGUAUCACAGUGACAAUGCAUCAGGUAUCAUUUGUACACUUCUUAAGGAUGCAAAGAUGUUGCACUUCAAGGUUAGAAACAAAUGUUUGUAUUAAGCAGUCCUAGUUAAAAAAAAAAAAAACAUCAUUGCUUGAACUGUGCAAAAACUUGCACUCACUCGAAAUUAAUGACAUCAUGGUGAAAGCAUUUGUUGUCUUUUCUGGGGCUGAGAAGCUGGGCGGAUAUUAUGGACUCUGAGUCACGGAGUUGCACAUUUCCUUUCGGUGCUUCUCCGAAAGAAUACACUGACCUGUCUCGGAGGAAAAAAAUUAUGAAAGAACAAUUGCUAUCUGGUGCAGAAAACGGACUGCGAGUCUUGAAAGAGCCUGUCAUCAUUUUCAACUACCUGCCAGGUCCAGUGGGCCCUGCGGGGAAUCCAGGAGCCCCCGGGUCACCCGGGGCAAUGGGACCAAUGGGGGUGCCUGGGAAGGAUGGUCCAGAUGGACAGGAUGGAAAUAAAGGAGAAAAAGGAGAUGGAGGUGAUCAAGGGAGGCUUGGAAACUCAGGGAAACCGGGUUUAAAAGGUCGUGCGGGCCUCAUUGGCAAGGCUGGACCUCGGGGACUAAAGGGCCAGCGGGGGUCACCGGGGCUGGCUGGACAGAGGGGACAGAAAGGCGAUGAGGGGGACGUGGGUCAGAGAGGAGAAACGGGGGGAUGCGAUUGCGGCACGGCCGGUCGCUCAGCUUUCUCGGUGGCCGUGUCAAAGAGUUACCCCAAAGAACGAAUGCCCAUCCGCUUCAGCCGCAUCUUGCUCAACGAGGGCAACCACUACAAUGCGAGCAGUGGGAAGUUUGUGUGUGCCAUCCCCGGAAUCUAUUACUUCACCUAUGACAUCACUGUGGCCAACAAGCACCUCGCCAUCGGGCUGGUGCACAAUGGACAGUACAAGAUUAAGACGUUUGACGCAAAUACAGGCAACCACGAUGUGGCGUCUGGUUCCACUGUCCUCCAUUUGCAGCACCUAGACCAGGUCUGGUUGCAGAUCUUUUACUCAGAGCAAAAUGGACUCUUCUUUGAUCCGUUCUGGACUGACAGCACCUUCACGGGGUUCCUCAUUUACGCUGAUCAGGAUGACACAAGAGCUCAUUUAAAGGAUUCCACUUGAUAUUUCAAUUCACUGAAUUCUUUAUCUCCAUCCUUUAUUUUUUUAACAUCUGCUUCUGUGAAAUUUAACAUUCAAGUCAGUGGAAUCCAAAACUAUAUACAGCAUAUUUUUGAUUGGCUUCCCACAAAUUCCAGCAUUGAAAGAUAUCACACUAAACUAAAAAUGUAAACAAUUUCAAUUUUACACCGUAUAAUACAGUUUUAAGUUAUUUUUCAAGUUAAAAAAUGGUUGAUUCAAUUACAAGGUAAUACUUUUUUUAAUUGUAAAAAAAACACAUAUUUU